AUGCACCAGCUCACAAAUCAAUCAAAAUCAUGGCCAAAUUGCACGAGCUUCGCUUCGAAUUGCUUCCCCAUCCUCCCGUAUUCCCCAGAUUUAGCCCCAAGCGACUAUUAUCGAAGUCGCACUAUUCAAAAGGACCUAGAAAAGUUGGAAAAUUGUUGGGCCAAGUGUAUUAAGCUAAAAGUGGACUAUGUGGAAGAAUAA